AUGGUCGUCUCCUGCGGAGCUCAUUUACCAUUUUAUGAGACAACUUAUUUUUCUCUCUUUCUUCCCUGUGAAGGUAGAGACCUGUGGGUCCUUGUUGUCGGUCAGUUUCCCAGGGAGCACAGAGUUGGAAUCCCAGAAUUCAAAUACGUGGCAAAUAUGCACGGAGAUGAGACUGUGGGACGAGAGCUGCUACUCCAUCUAAUCGACUACCUCGUAACCAGACAUGGCAGAGACUUAGAAGUCACAAGUCUAAUCAACAGUACCCGGAUACACAUUAUGCCUUCAAUGAACCCAGAUGGAUUUGAAGCUGUCCGGAAGCCUGACUGUUACUACAGCAAUGGAAGGAGCUGGAAAUUGUUAGAAGGACUCCAGUGGAAGGGCACACAAGGAUGGUGGGCUGGAACUGAAAAGCAUUCCCUUCCAGGCCUAGAAAACAGCAAGCUGCAGUUCUGCGUAUCUGCACGUAGGCCGCCUGCAAAGGCGCUUUCCCUGCUUGGCACUUGGGACACUGACUGUCGAGUAAUCUUGCACAAACUGCAACUGUCAACAGGCAUUGAGUUACAGGCUCCAGAGGCCUGGCAGAACGUUACCUGCUUCCCACAAAGGCUGCACUUCAGUGGUGGGCACCAGGGUCUUCAGUGCCUGGCACCACAGGACAUCUUGAGAUCACUCACGCAGCUGUUUCUUGUUCCUUCUCAGGUUACAGUCCCUGGACAUGAGCCGCAGCUUUCAAAGGUGGUUAUUCCUGAGAAAUCCCAGUACCUCAGUGCUCUUAAAAAGAAUUUUGUAUUUCCACUUCAAGGGCAGUUAGAUUCUGUCCUAGGAGCCAAUCCAUCAUGCCCAAUGACCCCUCUGUACAAAAUGUCGCCAAGCCACUUAGCUGCAACGAAGCCUCAGCUGUUCUUAUUUUUACUCUUUUUAAACAUAUUUUUCAAGUAAAUUGUGAAGCUCAAAUCUCAUCACCACCUGGAAUCAGGGAUUACUCGCUCCAGAUUACUGCAACUCUAACUCCCACUUGGGGGACCUCACAACUGGAUAAGAGAAUGGAUGCAAUAAGCAGUGUGUGGUAGUAAUGAAAGGAACUGAUUCAGUCUUGUCAUCUACCUAUCAAGCACUGCCUAUUUACAAUUAAUGCUUAAGUAUGUUAGAAAUCUGUAAGAAGUUAAAUGUGAGAAGCAAAACAAAAGUUCCUACAAGAAAAAAGAAAAUAAAGACUUAAACCAAGCACAGGAAUGUGUGCCAAUAAUGCCCACUACUCAGGAGACAGGAGGAUUACAAGUUCAAGUUCAACCUGAGCAACUUAGCAAGAUUAAAA